CGGUUAUCGGCCUACCUCUUCUGUCUGCCGGGUUGAGAGCCGUGGGAGUGGGCCUCAGGUCGGGUCCGCUGUUGCCUGUUAGGUGAUGUGCCCUGAAUAACGCUCUCACGGCUUCUUUCCCGGCAGGCGUUGCAGCAUCCUCCGGCUCGAGGGCUCUAGGGCUCUGGGCUGCCCAUUUCCCGUCUGCCGUGUUUUGGCGGCGCUCAUGUUGGCCUCCGUCCCACUUCGCGUUCGUUCACCUGUGCCCCUGACACCUGUACCUAGCUUGGAACACAAGCAGAGGAAAGAUUAGAGAAUGGGCACUGUCCAACCCAAGGAGGCGGCGCAGCCUGUCAGGAAGGACAUUGUUUUCUCCAGAAACGCGCCAUGAGAGGAACUUGAGGGCCCUUCACAGCGUCCUCAACAGGCCUUACACGAAGACCAGAAGAAGCAAGCCUUUUCUCAUGCAGACCAGUGAUAGCGGUUCAACAAAGCAAGGAUAUAAUUUCUAUGUGGAAUUAAUGUGGUCCAGACUAAUGAUGCGGGUGUGCUGGUUGGUGAGACAGGACAAUCGGCACCAGCGAAUCAAACUUCCACAUUUGGAAGCAGUCAUGGUUGGGCGCAGCCCCGAGACCAAGAUCACUGACAAGAAAUGUUCUCGACAGCAAGUGCAGUUGAAAGCGGAGUGUAACAAAGGAUAUGUCAAGGUAAAGCAGGUAGGGGUCAAUCCCACCAGCAUUGACUCACUCAUAAUUGGGAAAGACCAAGAGGUGAAGCUGCAGCCUGGCCAGGUCCUCCACCUGGUGAAUGAACUUUAUCCAUAUAUCAUAGAGUUUGAGGAAGAGACAAAGAACCCUGGCCUGGAAACACACAGGAAGAGAAAGAGGUCAGGCAACAGUGAUUCUGUAGAAAGGGAUGCUGCCCAGGAAGCUGAGGCCAGUACAAGACUAGAACCUGGGAACAACUCUAGCCAGUGCUCUGUGCCCCCAAAGAAGGAGAAAGAUGCAUCCACCAAAAAGGAAUCAUUGGGCCACUGGAGUCAAGGCUUGAAGAUUUCAAUGGAGGACCCCAAAAUGCAGGUUUACAAAGAUGAGCAGGUGGUGGUGAUUAAGGAUAAAUACCCCAAGGCUCGUCACCACUGGCUGGUCUUACCAUGGGCCUCCAUUUCCAGUCUGAAGGCUGUGACCGGAGAACACCUUGAGCUCCUCAGACACAUGCACGCUGUGGGGGAAAAAGUGAUCGCAGACUUUGCUGGGUCUAGCAAACUCCGCUUCCGAUUGGGCUACCAUGCCAUUCCCAGCAUGAGCCAUGUACACCUUCAUGUGAUCAGCCAGGAUUUUGAUUCUCCUUGCCUUAAAAACAAAAAACACUGGAAUUCUUUCAAUACCGAAUACUUCCUCGAAUCACAAGCUGUGAUUGAGAUGGUACAAGAGGCUGGCAGAGUGACUGUCCAAGAUGGGAUGUGUGAGCUCUUGAAGCUGCCCCUCCGUUGUCAUGAGUGCCAGCAGCUGCUGCCUUCCAUUCCUCAGCUGAAAGCGCAUCUCAGGAAGCACUGGCCAAAGUGAUUCUGUGGAGCCUGAACUUCUGCAGCAGGUAUACCCGGAAGCAGCACUGGGAACAGACAUUUCUGCUGGGCAUGUCUUUGAAAAGUGGCAUCAUUUUUACAUUGACUUAAUUGUUAAUUCUCUGGUGGUUCGAUAUUAGAGGAAGUACUGUCAAAGUGAGAUGGUGAUCCACAGAGAAGGUAAAGGGCUGUGUGUGCAUUUUUCAUGGGCCAGUUUCCCCCAAAGCCUCUUUCUGAUAAAAGAACCUAGCUUCACCUCUGUCCUCCAGCUCUUUCAAUUCUUCUCUCUUCUAAACAGGCAGAAUAAGCCCCAACCUCAGAUAGUACCAGAAUAUUAGAGCUGGAAAGAACUUUACAAACCAGAGCCCCUGACAGUUUGAAGGAGUCACACAGGUUCUGAGAGGUGAAAACUAUGGAGUCUCUCACCGUACAUACAUUUUCAUACACAUCAAUUAUCUAUCGAUUUCUUAGGGCAGAGGUUCUCAGCUGUUGUGCGUGUGUGUGUGUAUGUACAUCCCUUUGACCCUGAUUAUUUUGAACCAUCUGGUAGGGCAUUUUUCCAAACCACAUACAGAAAUUAACUCUGCUAUCAAUGGGAAAACAUCUAAUACUGUGUUUUGCGGGCAGACAAAUGUUUAAACUCUUGCCUCAAGAGUCUGUUAAAAUUCUUUAGUCUAUUAGCCUCUGAUAUCCCAUUGAGUCAUCUGGGAUACAGAAGUGAUUGUUUCAACACGAGUGACAAAGUUAAGUCUUUAUUAAACACCAAGAACGCUUAUAUUCCCAAACUCAUGGUGGGAGAAUAUAUACUAAAAUGUUAAUUAGUGGUUUUUUCUGGAUGGUGAGAAUGUGGGUAACAUAAAUUUCAUUAUGUUAUGAAUAUUUCUAAUUAGCUACAGUGAAUAUGUUUUUGGGAAUGUGAGAAAAACCAAGUUUUAUUUUAAAAAAGUAAUAGGUCACUAGGCAAUGCAAUCAACAUUCAAUUAAUUUAUAUUAAUAACUGAUAAAGCCAAAAAUGGCUAAUAAUUUUAACAAGUCAUAUCACUUCUCCAGUCCUCUAUAGAUGGAAAGACAUCCUGCAAGUCCAAAUUCCAAGCCUUUAACAGGUCCAAUUGGGCCUGAGAAUGACACAGAUGAAGGUAAUUCAUGUUCUGGAUGAUUUCCCUAUCACUAGAUUAGAAGACUAGAUUUUCUCUGUUUGCCCACAACCUCAAUCUCUGUUUCUUUCACAGAGAUAUCAACUACAUUUUGUUCAAAAUUGUUGUACACAGCAACUUCCUAUUUGUAUUUACAAAUGUCUUUCAGCAGCCAUUGAAGUCCCAUGAUUUCCCUUGUGUUAUGUUGAUGUGGCAUGUUAUAUUAGGUUUCCAAAUAUUGAACCAUCCUUGAGUUCUGGGAAUGAACCCUCUUGGUUCCUGAGGGCUACUUUUUCAGUGUUCACUUGGACUCCAGGAAACAUUUUUGAUGGGGUGGGAAUGGGAGAUAAAGUUUUUAGGUUAGUUCACGUGUGAGUGCUUUGUGGCCUGGAAGCCAAACUUCAGACAUAAAGAUCAGGAGAAGUGGAGGAGCAAAUAGGACCUGAAAAUCAGGAGGAGAAUGGUCAGGACUUUGGCUUCAGAUAUCCUUUGUGGUAGAGAAUUCAAGUAAUGAGAGAAGUGGAGAGGCAACAAAAAGAAGUCAGAGAAGCUAAACCAAACUACACAGUGAAAAGGGAGGAAGAGAAAGAAUAUACAGGAGGUGAACAUUUGGAGAAGACCUUGAGUCAUUUGGGAAGUGGGAACUUUUUUGAGUGGUCGGGAGAAUUAGGGAAGGGAGGAGGAGAUUUUGGAGAAACGUUACUCUCCCUGAUGUGACCUGGAUCCCCUUUAAUAAUUUUUGAGAGUUGAAAGCAAAGAUUAUAUACGUUAUCUUUUUUGGGGGGGAAAUUUUGAUUUCUGUUGUUUUCUUUCCAUUUCUCAUAUCUUGCAUUUUGUGUUUCUUCCUUUUUUCUUGAUCGCAUUUGCUGAAUGUUUGCUUAUAUUAUAAAGUGAUAUUUUUCAGAAAAGUA